ACGACGCCGAGCCUCCGAGUUGGGUCUCUGCGCCAGGUGUGCUUUUCGGCAAAGUGACGUGGACGUCAACAGCAAUGGCGGAAGGAGAAGACGAGGUGCUGCCACUGUCAACGUCGGGCGGCGACAGCUGGGUAAAGGAUCUUGAAGAAGCUCUGGAAGCAGGAGGUUGUGAUCUUGAAACUUUGAGAAAUAUAAUUCAAGGGAGACCCCUGCCUGCUGACUUGAGAGUUAAAGUUUGGAAGAUUGCUUUGAAUGUUGCAGGAAAGGGUGAUAGCUUGGCAUCCUGGGAUGGUAUUUUAGACUUACCCGAGCAGGAUACAAUUCAUCAAGACUGCUUAGCGUUUAUUGACCACCUUUCGGUGCCAGAGGAGAAGGCGUCAGAAUUACUCCUGGAUAUCGAAUCUGUAAUUACUUUUUACUGUAAAUCACGCAGCGUUCAGUAUAGCACAUCCCUUAGCUGGAUACACCUGCUGAAGCCCCUGGUGCACCUGCAGCUGCCGCGCAGCGACCUGUACAACUGCUUCUACGCUAUCGUGAACAAGUACAUCCCCAGGGAUUGUUCCCUGAAAGGGAGACCAUUCCAUCUCUUCCGAUUACUCAUUCAAUACCAUGAGCCUGAACUUUGUUCUUUUCUUGAUACAAAGAAAAUUACUCCAGACUCCUAUGCACUCAACUGGCUUGGAAGCCUCUUUGCACAUUACUGUUCCAUUGAAGUCACUCAGGCAAUGUGGGAUGGAUAUCUACAACAAGCAGAUCCAUUCUUUAUUUAUUUCUUAAUGUUAAUUAUUCUUGUUAAUGCUAAAGAAGUUAUUUUAGCCCAAGAGUCUGACAGCAAAGAAGAAGUUAUCAAUUUUUUGGAAAAUACUCCAUCCAGUCUGAAUCUAGAGGAUACAGAAGACCUCUUCUCUCUGGCUCAGUAUUACUGCAGUAAAACUCCAGCUUCUUUUAGGAAGGAUAAUCAUCAUCUCUUCGGUAGCACUUUGCUGGGAAUUAAGGAUGAUGAUGCAGAUCUGAGUCAGGCUCUCUGUCUGGCUGUCUCCGUGUCCGAGAUCCUGCAAGCCAAUCAGCUGCAAGGGGAAGGUGUCCGGUUCUUUGUGGUAGAUUGCCGUCCUGCAGAACAGUAUAAUGCUGGCCAUUUGUCAACCGCUUUCCAUUUGGACUCGGAUCUGAUGCUCCAGAAUCCAUCCGAGUUUGCGCAGUCAGUGAAGUCCCUGCUGGAGGCGCAGAAGCAGUCCAUCGAGUCUGGCUCCAUAGCGGGUGGGGAGCACCUCUGCUUUAUGGGCAGUGGCAGGGAGGAGGAAGACAUGUAUAUGAACAUGGUCCUGGCACACUUCUUACAGAAAAACAAAGAAUAUGUGAGCAUUGCUAACGGAGGAUUUAUGGCACUUCAGCAACACUUGGCAGAUAUUAAUGUGGAUGGACCAGAAAAUGGAUAUGGCCAUUGGAUUGCUAGUACCUCAGGCUCAAGGAGCAGUAUCAAUUCUGUUGAUGGCGAAUCUCCUAAUGGCUCCAAUGACAGAGGAAUGAAGUCACUAGUAAAUAAAAUGACUGUGGCUUUAAAGACAAAAUCUGUUAAUGUCAGGGAAAAAGUAAUCAGUUUUAUCGAGAAUACAUCAACUCCUGUAGACCGAAUGUCUUUCAAUCUUCCUUGGCCAGACAGAUCAUGUACAGAGCGACACGUAAGCAGCAGUGACCGAGUAGGCAAGCCUUACCGCGGCGUGAAGCCCGUCUUCAGCAUUGGGGAUGAAGAAGAGUACGACACAGAUGAAAUUGACAGUUCUUCAAUGUCAGAUGAUGAUAGAAAAGAAGUUGUAAACAUUCAGACUUGGAUAAACAAGCCAGACAUCAAGCAUCAUUUUCCUUGUAAAGAAGUGAAAGAGAGCGGACACAUGUUUCCUAGUCAUCUGUUGGUUACUGCAACGCAUAUGUACUGCUUAAGGGAGAUCCUUUCACGAAAAGGAUUGGCUUAUAUCCAGUCUCGACAAGCGCUAAAUUCUGUAGUUAAAAUCACGUCAAAAAAAAAGCAUCCUGAGCUAAUUACCUUCAAGUAUGGAAACAGCAGUGCUUCGGGAAUAGAAAUCUUGGCUAUCGAAAGGUAUUUGAUUCCGAAUGCAGGGGAUGCUACCAGAGCCAUAAAACAACAGAUCAUGAAAGUUUUAGAUGCUUUGGAAAGUUAAUAUGAAAGAAGAUUAUUUAAAUGAAAUCAAGAGAAACAUAAACAUCUAUUUCCUGACUGAGUACUAACCAGAGACCUUUCAUCUGCUCAUGUGGGUGCUUGAAUGGAAGGUCUAAGUGCAAAUUAUUGUGUUCAAUCUUGGGAUGGUAAACUUUUUAAAAAACAAUUUCUUUUGCAAUUUUGAUUUUAUAAAUGAUUUACUAUAAAAGCCAGUUGUUAAAUGACUUGAAGUAACUGGCCUUGUGCCCUUACAGACCAAGGGCACAGAAUGCAGUUCUGUUUUGAAGAGCUGUUUUAAGGAACAUGCAUCACAUUCAGGUUUUAAAACAACUAUACACAUACAUAUUUGCAAUGUCUUCACUGAAAAUUAGAGAUAGAAUUAGUUGAGGAGACUUCCUUAUUUACUAACUUUUAGUUUUAACCAGUGAGCAAUAUCAGAAACUAAAAAUAUAGGAUAAUAAUUAGGUCAGUUUCUGUUCUUAAAAAAAAAAAAAAGAAAUCUUUUUAAUGAAAUGGAUGAAGAUCCCAGCCAACUCAAAAUAUA